UCAAAACCCAAAAUGGCUCUUUCACACUCACUUUUCUACAAAUUGAGAUUUUUAGUUUCAUCAAAGUGUUCAUAUAUAGGACAAAUAACAGUUCAUAUUGAGCCUAAACGAUUUGCUAGCAACAAAUUCACAACCAAAACUGCUGAACACUUUUCAACUCAGUUGAAAACUGCCGAAAACACUGAUGUCAGUGUCAGAGAUAGAGCAAUUAUGUUUGUCCCAGAGAGUCAACCAGUGGAUCAAAAUGUGGUUGAAAAACUCCAGGAUUUUGUUUCCGCCUCUAAGAAAUUAUUUGUGCUGACAGGAGCGGGUUUAUCCACAGAAUCUGGUAUUCCUGAUUAUCGUUCGGAGGGCGUAGGAAUGUAUGCAAGGAGUAAAUCUAGGCCCAUUCAGUAUUCCGACUUCAUAAAUUUUGCAGACAGAAGAAAGCGGUACUGGGCAAGGAACUUUGUGGGCUGGCCGAAGUUUCGCUCGACUCGCCCGAACGCUUCUCACAGAACUCUUGCAGAAUGGGAGAAGGCCGGUAAAGUCCAUUGGCUUGUGACGCAGAAUGUCGACGCCCUUCACAGCAAAGCAUACAGCGAGAGAGUUACCGAAUUACACGGUCUCUCAGCGCACAUCGUAUGCUUAUCUUGUGGUGGACAAACUACAAGGGAUGAGUUGCAAGAACGCAUGAUAGAAAUGAACCCUGGUUUUUCAAUAGAAUCAGAGGCUAUAGCACCGGACGGAGAUGUCAUCCUAUCAGAUGAAGUCGUGAAAGGAUUCAACGUCCCAUCCUGCAAAGACUGUCGAGGAGUCCUAAAACCAAAACUAGUCUUCUUUGGUGACAAUGUGCCCAGAGUUACCGUUGAGUUUGUCCAUAGCCGGCUGAGAGAAGCUGACGCUUUCCUGGUUGCUGGCUCAUCUCUUGAGGUGUACUCUGGUUAUCGCUUUGCAUUGGCAGCCAAGGAGCAGAAGAAACCUAUUGCAAUAGUAAACAUCGGACCCACCAGAGCUGAUAAACUAGCUACAUUGAAGAUCAAUGCAAGACUAGGUAGCAUCCUGCCAUACAUCCAGAUUACUUGAGACACUCAAGCACCGCAAAACAUCACAAGCAUACUACAAUGUAACGCCAGUCCAGUUAUACACUGUACAGUCGACUCUCAUUAUAACAAGAUCGCUGGGACUGACCAAAUUACCUCUUUAUAACAUUGACUUUGUUAGUAAGAGGACAGCAAAAUAAAGAAAC